UUGCUCAUCACAUUCACAGAGAAGCCAAAUGCUCCCCUAUACGAAGGACUCUUUUACGUAGCCGGGCUUUUCUUCUCGGGAAUACUGCGAACUUUACUCAUGAAUAACUACUUCACAGUCAUGUAUCGCAUAGGAACAAAGAUUCAGACCUCACUGACAACAGCCGUCUACAACAAGACUAUGAAGCUUUCGAACGCUUCAAGAAGAGAGAAGACUCAUGGAGAGAUUGUAAAUCUUAUGGCUAUCGACGUAGAUCGCUUUCGUAUGAUAACUCCACAACUGCAGCAGUAUUGGAGCAGUCCUUUACAGCGGUCAUUUUCGAUCUCACUGAUACCUUUCAACAUCUGCAUUUCCUUGUUCGCCAAGAAGUGGAUGGUGCAACAGAUGCGGCUGAAGGAUGAACGCAUUCGCAUGACAAAUGAAAUUCUGUCCGGGAUA